AUGCUGCAAGAAUUUCCCAGCAUUCUUCAUUACCCAAAAUGGAGGAGCUUUCGGUUGAAGUCUGCGGUAAUAACGGCGCUUAUUAUAAGGCUUUUGUGAAGAGUAUCAGUGGAAAUGAUGUUAUUGUGGAGUUUGAGAACAAUUGGCAGCCUGAGAGAAGAGUGCAGACGAGUGCUGUUCGACUCCCUCCCAGUGACAGUACAACAAAACCUGACUUCAGGGAGGAUGAGAGGGUGGAGGUUUUUUCUAAGGCUGCAGACGAUGAGUCUUGUGGAUGGUGGCAAGCUAAAAUUAGGAUGCUGAAGGGAGAAUUUGCUGUUGUGGAGUACUUGGGCUGGGAGAAUACCUAUACUGACAUUCUGCCCUUGGACCGCAUCCGCCGUGUCAACAGCAACUCACCUAUCACAGCUGAUAGUUUCCAUCAACAUAUUUUGGAAGUGCCUCCAGACCUGAGGGAUGGCUGUCAAGGGGAGGGUGCACUUUCUGAGCUGAAAAAGCACCUCGGGGGUGCUGCUGCUGUGUCCUAUUGCUCCAUUGACAAUUCUAUCCAUGUCCUGUCCACAAAUUCUGGUGUAAUCAAACGGGCAUCACUUAUUGGGGAUAUGUUCCUGCGAAAUGUUCGUCAAAAGUUACUUUUAAAGCAGAGGACAGAGGAGGCAGUCAAGAAAUUGCAGAGCACAAAGAUACGUUCAGGGUACAUGGAAGAAUUCUCAGUCCGUGAAGACCUUAUGGGCCUAGCAAUUGGCACACAUGGAGCUAACAUCCAACAAGCCCGCAAGAUAGACCAUAUAACAGGCAUCGAGCUGGAUGAGAACACAUGCACAUUCAAGGUGUAUGGUGAGACAACGGAGGCUGUAAAGCAAGCAAGGAGUAUGCUUGAAUUUUCUGAGGAAACAUUUCAAGUGCCAAGAGAUUUGGUUGCAAAAGUUAUUGGAAAAAAUGGCCGAAAUAUUCAAGAUAUAGUGGACAAGUCUGGAGUUGUGCGUGUCAAAAUAGAGGGAGAUAACGAACAGGAGGCACAACGAGAAGAGGUUUUGUUUCAGGGUCAGGUGCCUUUCAUCUUUGUGGGCACCCGUGAAAGCAUUGGUAAUGCGAAGUUGCUGCUGGAAUAUCAUCUAGAUCACCUCAAAGAAGUGGAGCAGUUGAGGCAAGCCAAACAAGAAAUAGAUAUGCAGUUGAAGAGUCUGUCAGGUGCUCAGCAGGGACCAUACUUUCCUCCACCAAGAGAUCGUAGAAACAGCAAUGAUCCAUAUGAAGAUCGUAAUCGCCGUGGACGUGGGGGCAUGCGUGGAAUGGGUGGAAGAGGUCGUAGACCCUGGAAUACAGAUCGUCCAGGAGAUGAGCACGCACCUGUAGGCGAUUGGUCCACUGAAGUGGUGGAAGAAGAACGAAGGCAGUCAGGCUACUUGACGGACAGCGUGCUCAGUGGAAGGGGGCGGGGCUAUAGAAAGGGGCGUGGCCGUGGUAGAGGCAUGGGCGGGGCUUCAUCCAGUAGGGAUUCUGAUUACAGCAACACUAGGUACGACCGAAGAUCCAACCGUGGUGGAUAUGACCAUGGCAACACCGACUUUCAUCAGUAUCAAGGUCCCCACAUGUUUAACUAUGAUGAUGAUGAAUCCCGUGACACAAGGUCUCGACGGCGAAUGACAGAUGAUGAUGAUACUGUUCUGGACAAUGCAAGUGUCAACAGCCAGGAAGAUGAUCGGCGUCCAGACAGAAGAAGACGGCGACGACGAAAUAGGGUCCGAGGUAGCACUAGUGCAGCAUCUGGCACAGAAACGGACACUAGUAUCCAGACAGAUUCAAGAAACUACCGCCAAGACAGGGGUGCCCGACAGAGUCAACCAUCUCGUGGAAAUGCCAGCAGAAAUUCUGCCCCUGUCAAAGCUGAAGACACGUCUUCUCAGCCUCUCAGUAACCAUGGUGGUGCUGGCAAUGGGAAUUCUGCCACUCGAAAUACUAAUUCGAAUACAUACUCAGGGGGCGGUGAAGACAAUUCAGUCAAACCAGCAAAAUCAGACUCAAACCAGCAGCCAAAAGAACAACGCCCCCCACGUCGGCCAGCACCCCCUCCGGCUAAAGCUUCUGGGAAUGCCAUGAGUGGCAGUGACUCAGACAGCAAGGUGAAGGCCAAGGCUGGCAGUGCUCCAAAGUCCAAAGAACAGAUAGUUAAUGGGGAAUAAUUGUGCUUUUGAGCUUGUUGGUCUGAGUGUCGUGCUGGUGCCGAGUGGAUUGCUGCGUGAAUUUCAGCCCCAGUUUUUCAGGUGGUUGUAAGACCUGUUUUUCAUCUGGAACAGUAACUUGGCUACCCUUCCCUGAUUGAGAAGUAGUUGUCAAAGAUCACCAACUAGAUGACAUCUUACCACAGCACCCUUCCUUCCCCUCCCUGAAAACUGGUUAGGCUGAGAAAGAAAUAUGGUUGUGUACUUAAUAGAUACGGGAAACUGCUGCAUACUGGAACGAUACUGCCAAAGAUUUAUGAUGUGUGCAUGCGAGUUUGUAUGUUCAAAGACCUAGUUUCUCUAGAAUUGUGCUAUGUAGGGCUGAAUGUCGGUAGUUAAUAAUUCUGUCAUCCUUAGCCUGGGAGGUUCUGAUCUGGCAGGCAGGUGACAGUCACCUUGAAUAAAGCUUUGUUGUAUAGAGUUAUAGGCUAUAGCCACUAGCACAGAGCUGUACCUGUCCCAGGUACAAUAAUCUUGCAGCAUAUGUGUAACAGACAUGACAACAUCGCUGUCGCAGACAUUGCAACAAAACGGCUGAAGAAGAUUAUGACUGACAUCAGAAGUUGAAAUUUGUCCAGCAUUUAGACAAAAAUCUCUCGGUGGACAUCUGUGGUCAAGAAGAAGGGGGUGGGGGGUGUAACCACAACUGUCAGAGAUAACCUACAGGUAAAGAUGACAUUGAUAACUUGCUGACAUGUUGAGAACUGCAAAAAUGUAGUUUGCAGAAAUCUGAGCAGUUCUCUUUUCUGCUUUGAUCCUUGAGGGUCAUAGAGGGUGUUAGAGAAUCUUGCAAGACUUGGCAGUAAUCCAUCUCAAAGUGAACACUGAAUCAUUCUGAUAUGCCUGUUUAUGUAACAGCUCAGGCAAUGUAUUUGGCAUGGUAGCACUCUGUAACACACUACUCAUUUGGAAGCCAUGCCAUUUGUCUUCUGAUCAGUAGAACGUUCUGGUCAGUAGCAGACAGUCCCAAUGUAAGAAGUGAUUGCAGCCAUCUCUGCAUUAUGCACAGAGCGGUGGAGACAAGACAGGACACCGACCUCGACCAAAACUUGAUAAGGAUUUGAACUAACAAUGACGACUUCUUGUCAACGGAAUUGAAGACUUUUGCACUGACUUGUUUUGUGCAUUGUAAAGGAUUUCAGUAUCCUUUCCAUAUGACAGUCUCUUUUUCCACCACCUGUCUUCUUGAGCACCAGUUUAGUUAUGUUUCUUGUGACUUUGCCUCCAAUCAUUCUCUUCCUUUCGAUCUUCUUGAGCACCAGUUUGGUCCUCUUUCUUGUGACUGGUCUUUCAAUUAUUCUCUUCCUCUCGAUCUUCCCGACCACCAGUAUAGUCCUGUUUCUUGUGAAAUCGCUUUUGAUCGUUCUCUCUCUGUCUCUCCCUUUGCUAACUUUCACUAGUUUCCUUAAUGCCUAAGUUACCUGAAUAAUUUGUUCUUUCUUUCCUCAUUGUAUCUCAGCUGACUAGAAUUCUGAAUAAUGUAACUUCAGGGGUUUUUUGUGUGUAGCAGAUGUUUAUUGUUCAGUGUUGGUGCUGAUAAAUCUUCAGUGAUUAUUGCAAGUCUGUCAUCUACCUAUAAGAGUAGAUAUUAUUUAGUAAAGAGCAACAAGUCAUGAGUUUUUAAAAGUGUUUGCUGUUGCAAGUAACUGUUACAUUUCUUUUGCAUUUUGAAUUUUAUUAAUAGAUACAUAGUUGAUCACUACUCCCUGCUGAAAAUAAGAUUUUUAUUGCAGUGGUCACUGUUUGGAUGUUAUUAAAAUAAACUUCAAAAAAGGUGCCUCUGAUGUGUACUGUGAAAUUGAAAGAAGUUAUUAGAUAAUAUAAUAAACUUGUUAUGUGCUCUUUGUGAAAUCUUACCCAAAUUUCUUGCACAUUAAGGUGUUAAAAAGUAUGGGCUGUUUAAUUUUGCAUAAUGAAUAAAAUCAGUUACCCCACUACACACCAUCACUAACCCCACACAUUAAAAAAUGUUUUUUUUUUUUCUUUGUUCUUCUUGUGAAGUUUAUUUUAAUAGAUAUCUGAUUAUAAUAAUUAUAUAACAGAUUAGAUGGAGUACAUUUUGGUAGGAAAGUUCAGACUUUUCUCCCUAAAAUUCUAACUUUGAAGUUUUGAUGCAUGACUCUUUUCUAUUCAUUUUCAUUCAAUAAUCUUAAAUAAGAUUUAUCAAGCCAUCUUUGUGCAAGUUCUUUGCACGUAAGAGCCAUUUAAGAAUUUUUUUUUUUUAGUUAUUUGUAUAAAAGCAUUUCAUCUGUUCUAAAUCGAAAUUGCUGUUAGAGCAUGGUGGUGACAAAAUAUUCAAAAAGGAUUUUUUUUUUUAACAUUUGAAACCAGAUGUCAUGUGAGUUGGGACCUAAAACAAAAUAAGGGUGCAUAAUUUGUCCAUUUGCUUUCAUUUUAUACAUUUUAAAAAAGUAAAUGCAGGACUUGUUCAUCAUGAACUGGUUCAUUUUAAGACUUUUUUUUGUUGUUGCCUUCAAUGGCUAAAAUAUUGUCCAGCUGUUUUGUGUAUGGGGAUGAACAGGAAACAUGAUAUGCACUUGGAGAUGCUCUACUUCAAAGAUAAGAAUUUGAGAAUUAGACUAGGCAUGUUUUAUUGUUUUGCCACGAUCAUGACUCUCGUGGAUUGCGAAAAGAAUAGAUGGCAUCUCAUCAAGUAUAUCUUGAUGAAUUAUUUUUAAUGAGAAUUUAAGAUUUUAUGUUUAAAUGACCAUAUGAUGCUUUUGGCAGCGUUUAGAGUUAAAACUUUUCAAAUUCUCUUGCUUUUUAUUUACAUUUGUAGUAAAUCCUUGUGCAUUUGCAUAAUUUUUCCUCUUAAAAUCUGUGUUGGUGCACUUUUUAAACAAAGCGAUAUAUUUGGAUCUUAGGUUAAAGAUGUUAUGAGGUUAAAGGAAAUGUGAAAGACUUCAAAACUUGCCACUUGCCAGGAUCCAAAUGACCACAUCUGGUAAGGGGUGGUGGAUGGGACAAACUUUUUGAGCUUUUAAUUACCAUGUACCAUCAGACACUGUGGAUGUUUUCAAUAUCUGUUAACCACACUUGAUGCUUUUGCUGUGGCCUACAGUUUAGUUCACAAUUUAUACAUAUAUGAGCUGAUGCAUCUUUGUGUUGUAUUCCAGUUCUUACAUCUUUCCUCUUUGAAGGUGGUGUCUGCAUACAUCAGGGGUCUUAAGUGUAUUUGAUGAUCAUUUGCAUUCUAAUAUUUCUGCAUUUUUUUUACGUUUUGAUAACUUCAAAAUUGAUGAUAAUGUAACUCUUAAAGUGGCGUACCUAGAAUUAUUUGCACACAUUAUUUGCCUUUUUGCAGUUCUGCAAAAAAGUGUUUACUUACAAUUCUUACUUGGGGAUUUAAGAGCUUAUUUUAGAAAUUGAUGGCAGGGAUAAAACUUGCACUCAAGUUACCAUGGCUAUGGCCCAGAAGUCAACUACAACCUCGCAGAUACAAGCUGUUGUGGGGACUAUACACAUGGCCCUUUGCAAGCACAAAAAAACUGUAGCAAUUCGCAAAAUCUGUCAUAUAAGAUCUUUUCAAACCUUCCUGAAAAAGUUUCAGAACUUGUCCCCUUUGCCUAUUGAGGACAAACUGGUACUGAGAUUGACAGAGAUCCCAUCUUGUGACCUAUCUGUGGCCCCAUAAGGUGUCUUGAGAAUUAAACCACCAUCUGCCAUGAACUGAUUCUCAUGAGUUUUAAGAUAAAGAACUUGUAGGAAUUGUUAAUUAGCUACGGUCAUGUGUGCUUCAGCUUUCAUUUGAAGACAUUCAUUGAAAAUUGGCAGUAGUGGUUUUUGUUGUUUUUAAAUUGCUGGAGUUUAGUUAUUUGUCUAAAUAUAUGGAAUUGCAGAUAUGAGCAAAAGACAAGAAUGAUUACCAGAGGCAAGAACUGCCUUCAGAUUUUCUUCAGAGUUUUCAUCCUUGUAAAGAGGGUUUUUUUGUUUUUUUUUAAUCAGCCCAUAAGUUCCUUUUUUGAAUGAUAGUGGUAGGUAAAGGGUGGUCUUUGACGGGUUUUUUGAAAUAGUUUUUUCCCCCUCACCAUUGGAAUAUUUAUAAAUUGUUUUUCUGCCCUAAAUGACAUUUUGUGCGUGACUACUAUGACGAUUUUGCUGUUUCCAACUUUGAUGUUUUGCUUGUUAAAUAUGCUUUGCUCUUUAUGAAGUUAAGAAAAUGUUUAAAACAUUGCCUGUGUUUUGAAACUGUUUACUUGAAAUUCAAAAUGUUCUAAUACAUAGUAUGACAGAUUUUCUUUUAAAUUGAAACACGAUACAUGUAAUAAAUGGGUUACUGUGGCAAAUAUCUUUGUAUCCUAAAAGUUAUAGAUGCUUUUACUUUAAACAAGUUAAAUUUGUUCUGCUCAUCUUUUCUCUAUUUUUUCAAGCAUGGCAAAAAGCCACAGUGAAGUAAAUUGUACUCCCAGUCUAGGUCAUUUCACUUUAUGUUUUGGAAAUUCUCUCCAUGGGAGGGAAAACAAGCACUUACCCCAUGAUCUAGCACUGGAAGUUUUUUGGGGGUUUAGGUGGGGCCAAAAUAGUGAGGAUGUUAAAAAACAAUCAGUUAAUGUCACAAAUCCCAUUAAACUUAAGUUGUCUUGGGUUCUGGUGCUACACUGAAGUUUGGACAAACAAUACUCAAUAUCAGUGGGCAGUUAUGACGCAUGAUAAUGAAGUUACUCUUCUCAAGAUUUCGCCUUAGCAGGCAAGAGUUGAAAUAGCCAUGUUUUUUGUUUUCCUCUGUUUAUGAGAUGGUUGAGAAUUACACCAAACAGGCUGAAGACGUGGUGAGAUCAUGCCACUGUAACCUACUGUUACUUUGUAAGCUACAUUUUGUGAGUUGUACCAAGGCAUUGCUUAAAGCUUUUGAACCUUUUGGUAUGUUUGUCACACAUGUUCUUCCAUUUUCAAAAUAAAUCCACCUAAAUUGUUUCCAAAAUAGAGGGCACAACAUCCAGCUUCUAUUAGAAUAUCUUUCAGUUUACUAAACUAUUUAUGUCACAGCCUGAGCAACAUGGUCAGAUAAAGGUGCAGUAUCAAAGUAUACAUUACUAAGUGUUAUGACAACAAAGUUGUGUUGCUUCCAGAAAAGAAUUCAGAUGCCCCUUCUGCUUUGGAAGAAAUAAAAUUUUUGUAAAAGUCAUCACCUGACCUUAGAAAGAAAAGAGUUCCUACGCAUUUUUCUGCCUCCACACCUGAGAAUGGGGACAUCACUGAAUGCAAUGUUUGUAUCGAGGUGAUAACCCGUAUAUUUUUUGCAGUCUUUAACUUGGAUCUUGUUAGCUUCAAGGCUGUGGCAUCAACCAUCAUUUACAGUGACACUUUCGAAGAAAGAGAUGCAUUUCCUUCUCUUUACAAUGGCUACUGUUCACCUGUUUAACAGGAGUCCCAGAUCAGUAGCUUUAAGUGUUCUUGAAACCAGACAUGAAAUUUCGUGAAUGUUUGGAGUUCUGGCACUUAAAAAAAAUGUUUUCGAGCUGGCUUUGAGGAGAGCGUUUGUUGCUGCAGUGGUUUGCAUCAGUUGAUGGGUCAGAUUUUUAAACAUCAGUAAUGAGUUGCUUUUCUUUCAAAGAAUGGUUCAGAUACUCAGGUUUUUUUUUAAUAUAUUGAAAGUGUUCUUUCUUAUGAGGAGAAAUAGAGUUAAAAGAGAAUUUGUGAUCAUACUGAUUUCAUAAAUAUUUUUAUACUUUGAUACAUCCAGCAGGUGGGGAGACAAGUCAAAACUUUUUUGAUGAGUUUGCCCAGUCUAGGAUCCGAAAGUUGCCUGCCAGAGGCCCGACUAAGCUUAUGCUUAGCAAACUGUCCUUUGUGGACCGCUUAAAGGUUACUUCCUGGUGUGUUAGGGUUCUCUGAACGUAUUAGGAUUAGUAGCAGUUAAUUGCCUGCUAUCUUCUUCCCUUGUGCAUGUAUGCACACUAUAUUUUUACAUUUUUCUCAAAAAUAAAGCAUUUUAUCUGACCUAUCUUGAUGCAAAAUGACAGUAGACAUCAAACAAGGUGGGGAAUCCACAAUACCUACCAAAUUGUAAAUUGCAUGUUAUCAUGCAUGUAUAUAUUUAUUUUACUUUUAAAAAAAGUGGUGCACACUUGUGAAAGUGUUUUGCAGUUUGUCAUAUAUACCGAUCCCUAGUCCACAGGGAGGAAUGGACAAGUCAUUUGUACAAGGCACUGAGGCAUGUAAUGUGCUGAAUCAUGUGUUUUUGACUUCGUACAUUUGGGAUUUUUUUUUCUUCUAAGUUUUAAUUGAGUAGGUGUUCUAUUUGGAAAUCACCACGAUAUUCAGAGACCUUAAGUUCUGUGACCCUUUUAAUGCAUCAUAAAAGAGGCUCACAAAAUGAACACUUGACGGAAGAUGAAUUGGAGAACUUUAAUAAGACCUCUGAAUUUGCACAGUGAAUUUAAUUUUUAUUGGAACACUUUUAUUGUGCACUCCUAGCAUCUUUCUGACAAGAUUUUGUUACUCAUUGUAUUUCGUGUCUCUGAAGAGCUGUUGGUUUGCCAGAAAAAGUAUUCUAAUUGUUAAAUGCAAAAAGAGUGCAACUUAAGCUGUGGUCUAUUACAGCUAAAUGAAGACAACACCAGAUAGUUAUAUUUUGUCUACACAACCAGAAAGAAGAACAAAAUGAUGUAAACCCUGGAUCAGACUUAAAAAAAGACAGACCAAGAGUUCAGAACUAGAGACGAAAGGAGUGGUGUAGACACGGAUAAUUAAACGAUCUGUUUCAGCAUGUGUCUAGCUGAGUAAGGAGGCAUCAAGGGAGACAACCAGAGAUCCUGUGCACAAGCCCACAGAAUUUCUGAGUCAAAAAAAAACUACAAUAUGCAGAUAGAUGGGCCAGCAUUUUCAUCAAGAACAUAAUGGCUGUUGCAGCUUUACACCCAUAUACCCUGUAUGGAGGUAAUGAAGAUUUUUGAUAUGUUUAUCAUCAAGGUCAUUUUCUAAUGGGUUUUGACUCCUUCAAGCAUGUUUGAUGCAAACCAUAUUUGACAGUUGUUAUGGGAUCAAGGUAUCUCAUAAUUAGAGUGAUGAAAGAUGUACUUUUGCGUAGCAUGUGCAGCUUAACAAUAUUGGCAGACAGCUGAUUGUGUUAGGACUUAAUUGCAUACAAAUGUGUAAAUAUGUCAACGAAGUUAAAAUAUAUUUGUUCAGGACUGCAUCUGGUAAUAUAUAAUCCUUUUUUCCUAACAUUCAGGCACUAAGUAAUUUGGGUUUGGGCUCAUGCUCUCACAAUUUUUUCAAAAGUUUUACAUACCUCAGUUUUGAUUUAUAAACUUUUUUAAUAACAUUUUUGGGAUAAUUUUCUGACCAGAAGACAUGAUUUUCUUUUUAUAAUUAAAGGCUAAUCCAAGUGCAAAAUUUGUUCAGAUGACAGAUUUCAGUUUAUUACAAGAUUUUAGCACUCAGUAGCCAAGAAAAUAACUACAUUUUAUUUAAGUUUAUUCCUCGUUACUUGUUGAGGAUCAUAGGACUACUUUAAAGAUGUGUAAUUUUGUAGCCUACAGUUUUGAUCAGAAUUUUUUCAUAGAAGUCAAGACAGCAGCAACACAAACAUAGUCUUGCCAGUAUGGCAAUGCCUCAGGAGUUUAAGUUUUUGACUUUUAUGUGGCUGCAUGUUUCACUGAUGCAGAAAUUAAAAUUUGGAUCAGUUUGUCAGCAAACUACUGUUUGGCUUGGGUUAGCCUUUACAAAAAGUUAGCAUGGUUCUUAUCUUGCAAGUGUUGAAGUAUAACGUAGAUCCAUGUUUUAAUGCAGUUUUCUCUUGUGUUAAUAUAAGUAUGUAGCUAGAGAUUUUUUCAAACAGUAUGUAAUUUUUUUUUUUAAAUUUCAGUUUGUGUCUUUGUGUCUGUAACACAAACUUAGUGAUAAAGUUUACUUUUGAUGAUAGCGCUUGCAUUGUCUGAAAGCUCUGCCCUUGGUAUACUGAUAUGCCCAUGGAUCGUAACUGGAAACUAUAAGCGGUAUUAUCACACCGAUUUGAAUCAUGCAUUAGACAUCAAACAAUGGCCAGCUUUAUGUGCCAUCAUAUGUCUGAUUUUUUCACCUCCAUCUUGAGGCUGAACAGUUGUGGCAAGGUUGUGUAUGUCCCAUGUUUUGGAAAUACACGGUACUUUAGUAUUUAUUGUGGUCCAGGAUGUAGGUCUGUGUGAUUAUGAUACUUGAGAGGUAUACAUACCAGAAAUUACCCAGUCUGCUUCAUUACAUUUUGAUGUUUCAACGUUUUCUGUGGUUGUGGACUUUGGCUGGGACUGGGUGAUUAGAACAUCAUACUAUUGGUUUAUGAAGUCCAGUUCCUGUUAUGUGAAUAAGUAACAUCUUUCAAAAUAAACAAUUUUAAUUAAUAGCUCAGUCCUAGACAAAUUAGGCAUUGCCUUGCUUGGUUGCAUGAAUUAGCCUAACGACUAGACAUUGGUAAUGCUCAAAAUGUUUUGUAAACCAAUGAAGUAGGGAGGUACACAGGAAAGACCAUAUUCUUAAUGCCUUGGCAGUUAGGACUCAAUAAAUACAUUUUACUAAACCAGUCACCUGUAACUGAAAGACUUGACACUUUCGUCUGGGCAUGCAUUUUCGUUAACCUUAUACCUUGCAGCAAAUGUGCUGACUAAAUGACAAUUUGCCCAGAGAGUGGAAACAAGGCCGGGUUGUUUUUUUCCAGAGAUCCCUGUUACUACCUUCCAGAAUUUUCUGGUGGUAUCAUUUUCAAGAACGCCAGUUAAAAAAAAAAUACCCCACAAACUGCCAUGACUAAGAGUGGUUAUAACCAAUGUUCUUUUAUGCUGGCUAUUGUGAACUUAAAAGACCACAGUCAUUUUGAAAAUUUAACUGGCAGAGAAGACCAGAGUAAGAGGGGGAUAAAAGGGUGCCAGUCUCUUGACUAGCUUGCAAAAAAAAAAAAAGCCUAAGCAGUCAGGACAGGACAUGAAUUUCGCCAAACAAAGAGCACUCAUGUGGCUCAAUAGAUGCUCGACAUCUGUUGCAGGACAUUUCAUGUCCUUUUGGAUCAUGGUCGCCAUAUGAUUGUUCUUACCUUGCCCUCUCACCAGAUUUUUUUUCUGAUGUCACUGUCAAUGUUGAUGUCAGAUUAUGUAUCCACAUUGGGUUUAGCUGUCAGAAUUGUGUGGGUGUGCGCGCGUGUGUGUGCUGUAGCUUCACAAGUACAUAGAUUAUUAGACAUGCCAGCCAUUAGGCUUAUCAGUUAUUUAUGUUUGUCACAUUUUGCAUAAAAGUUUGACAUUUUCAAUUGUUUUCAGCAAUUGUGGCAAUCUGUUCUUGAAAAUAAAACUGAUGCAAUAUAUAA